UUCAGAAUGAGGAGAGCUGCCUUUGUUUUGCCACUGCUGCUCUGCCUGUGCUGGGCACGGACUUGGGGCCAGAAUGGAGAUUUGCCGGAAAGUAAUAUCGUUGGUCUGAGCGAGGAUGCAUCUCAUGAGGGCAGCAGAAAUGGUAACUCCACCUCUGACAUCUGGGUUGAGCUGAGGGAGCUGAAAGUCAUCGCCGAUGAACACAGGAUCAAAAUAGAGAAGGUCGAACGGGAAAACACAGUAUUGCACGCCGGACUGACACACAGCAACAACAAAAUAGAGGAACUGAACAGAGUAAACACUGUUUUGGAGACCAGAUUGAACACCAGUGAAAAUCUACUUGAAGAGCUUCACAAAACCAACAUCGAUCUCGAGGACAGACUAACCGCAAGCCAAAAUAUGAACUCUGUGCUGCAGGACAGAAUGAACACCAGCGAGGAGGAGAUGGAGGAGCUUCAGAGCCAGAAUGCAGAUCUCGUAACCAGAGUGACAGCAGGUGAAAAUAAAACCACAGCACUGGAAUCAAGAGUGAGCACCAGUGAAGGCAAACUGGAGGAACUCCAGACACAGACGGAGGGUCAGGCAAAGGUGGCGUUCUCAGUUGGACUCUCUAAAGAAGUUGGACCCUUCAAUACUGAUACCACGCUGAAGUUCAACCAAGUCCUCAGCAAUAUCGGCCAGGCCUACAACCCAGAUACAGGUAUCUUCACAGCCCCAGUCAAAGGCGUCUACUACUUCAGAUUCACCCUGCGGGAAAGUCGCCCAUGGCAGGUGAUGGGUGCUUUUCUCUGUCACAACGACGUCAACAAGCUGUAUGCGUCAGAUUUCAAUGACAGGACUGGUUAUGUCACUGUGUCUAACGCGUUAGUUCUUCAGCUGGAAAAAGGGGACUUGAUCUACUUGAAGCUUCCAUUAAAUUAUGGAAUGUCAUCUAACAGUAAUUUUGAUGGUUUUCUGCUAUUUCAACUUUGAGAGCAAAGUGCCAAUAUUACAGGAAUGAAAAAUAAAAUUUGAAAAACCA